AUGUUGCUGGUAGCUCAGAUGUUACUGGGUAGCUCAGAUGUUGCUGGUAACUCAGAUGUUGCUGGUAGCUCAGAUGUUGCUGGUAGCUCAGAUGUUGCUGGUAACUCAGAUGUUGCUGGUAGCUCAGAAGUUGCUGGUAACUCAGAUGUUCCGCGGUGUAGUAAUCAGGUCGUUCAGUUCGGAUGUUACUGGGUAGCUGAGAUGUUGCUGGGUAACUCAGAUGUUACUGGUAGCUCAGAUGUUGCUGGUAGCUCAGAUGUUACUAGUAGCUCAGAUGUUACUAGUAGCUCAGAUGUUACUGGUAGCUCAGAUGUUGCUGGUAGCUCGGAUGUUACUGAGUAG